UCUGACAUUUUAACUGUUAGUUAUGUAGAAAACGAGUUACGAAGUUGUUCUUGUAUUGUUGUCCACUACAGAUUACAAAGAUGUUGCGUUUUAUAGGGAUAUUUCUGUAUAUAACUUAUAUUGCAAAUACUUCCGUGUCAUCAGACACGAAUUGCUCGUUGAAUUUGACCUAUAGAGGCUUUGAAAUACCCGAUGGCGGCUCUGCUCUGGCAAGAAAAGGUCGCCUUACCUUGAUCUACUGCCAGUCAAAUUGUACUGGAAUAAAACCGUCAGUAGAGUUCUACAAGAACGACACCCUUAUUUCAUCCAUAGCUUCCUCCAACAGAGUUUACUACACUCAAACGAUGCAAGGCCAGAAAGCCGCAUUGCACGUGCAACAUAUGACAGAAGCGGACGAAGGGCUUUACUCGUGCAAAGGACGGACAGUGGAAGGACAUCAAAACAUAAAACGUCACUUCUCUUUACUAUUCGCAUGUCCCAUCGAUUACAAAAUGUGCGACAAAACAAGAUGUUUGGAAAAUUCCAAGGUUUGUAACGGUGUGCGUGAUUGCCUGGACGAAACAGACGAGCUGGAUUGUGAUACGAAGGCUCUCUUGCCUGAAGCUUGCGGGGUAGACAUGUUUCCAUGUGACGGUGCCCAAUGUCACUCAAAGACGAAGUUGUGCGACUCCUUUCCUGACUGUAGUGAUGGUUACGACGAGUCAGCAACAGUAUGUCCAUGCGAGUUCCGGUACGCUGGUGGCACGUGUAUUAGGGGUGCACGGGUCUGUGAUGGUGUACCAGACUGUGGCGAUGCUGCAGACGAGAUGGGAUGUACACCGAACAUCCACGAUCUUAUGCAAAGACUUGAUGCCUUGACACAGAGGGUCACUGACAAUGAAGUCAAAAUCAGCAAACUUAGUCAUGAUCCUGUGGCAUUCAAAGCUCACCUGGGAGUCUCCAUCAUCUCUGCUCCUAACGAACGCGUUAUUUACGACGAAGUGCAGCUGAACCUUGGUAAUGCCUACCACAAACACCUGGGAGCUUUCCUAGCACCUGUCAACGGCACGUAUUUAUUUUCUGUAUCCAGCUGCUCACCCAAGAGUCAUUAUAGUGUACUUGACCUCGUGAAUAAUCAGAUCCCAAUAGGAAAAGUACUGAGCGGAUCGCCCAACUUCAACGACUGCUCUUCUCAGACUACAAUCACCGAGCUAAAGCAAGGGGACGAAGUGUAUGUUCUCAUCAAUGAAGUCAGUGGUGUCGACAGUGUUUAUCCAAAUGCACUCAAUAGUUUCAGUGGUGCUCUUUUGCAAAUGUUGUAGAAAAUGUCUAAACAAAUCUACAAAAUGAACGGAUUUCAUGUAUGUCUUACUGAGCUCAAAUAUAACAUUGUUAGAUCAGUAAAUGGCAUAUUAAUGAAAUUUGUACUAAUGUUACAUGUGUAGGGCAAACAUGACAUGUAUAUAUUUGAAUUUAUUAUAUAUUACAGUCGAAACCCGAUGGCUCGAACUCGCUUUGCUCGAAUUUCUGGUUGGCUCGAACUCGCAUCAAAGCACCGAUUUUGUAUGCCUAUAUAUUCAUAUACAAUUUUGUCGGAUGGCUCGAACACGCUUGGCUCGAAUUAUCGGAUGGCUCGAACUGUUUUUACAGUCCCGUCUACAGUUUUCACACGUUCUUUUAUUCGGAUGGCUCGAACUCGCUUCAGGUCCCAAAAAGUGUUAUUCGAUUAGGACCGCUUGAUUAAUGGCACGCACAAAUUGAUUUAACACCGGUCGCAUAAACUGUUAAUCAAUUAUGACCGCUUGAUUUAAGGCACGCAAUAAUUGAUUUAACACCUGUUUGCUAACAUGUAAUCGACUGAAUCGUUAAUUGAUUUCAGUAAAAGAUGAAAAUAUAUAAAUAAAUAAAGGAAUGUAGAACUGUCUCGUAUGUAAAUAAUGUGUAUAUAGUGCUGAUACAUGUUUAGUUCUUUGUGUUACCUUAAAAUGUGCUACGCUAAAACGUGCUGAUAUUUACUAAAUGCUAGUUGUUAAUUGUAUUUGUAACUGUUUUAAAAUAUUCGUAAAUUAAAGUAUUAAGUGUAUAUUUCUUAUUAACUUAUAAAUUCAAAAGCAGUAAGUAGUGCGAAGUAGGACGGAGUUAAAGCAAUAUGUGUACUCUUCAACUGGAGGUGAAAAUGUACUGCAGACUUGUUCGUAAACAAACGUUUAUAAGAAAUCGUAUGGCUCGAAUUCUUGAUGGCUCGAACUAUUGUUGC